AUGGACCCAGCCAGCUUCCUGCUGCUCUGUCUAUGGUCACUGUGGACCUUGGGAUGCAGCCAAGCAGCUACGCAAGCAGACUCGAUCAAGAUAGAAGGGGACAUCACGCUGGGAGGGCUGUUCCCCGUCCACUCCCGUGGCCCCGCUGGAGUGCCGUGCGGGGAAGUGAAGAAAGAGAAGGGAAUCCAUCGGAUGGAGGCCAUGCUGUACGCCCUGGACCAGAUCAACAGUGACCCCGACCUGCUUCCCAACAUGACGCUGGGCGCUCGCAUCCUGGACACCUGCUCCCGCGACACCUACGCCUUGGAGCAGUCGCUGACGUUUGUCCAGGCCCUGAUCCAGAAGGACACUUCCGGCGUGCGCUGCUCCAACGGGGAGCCACCCAUCAUCGCCAAGCCCGAGCGUGUGGUAGCUGUCAUUGGCGCCUCUGCCAGCUCUGUCUCUAUCAUGGUGGCCAAUGUGCUUCGCCUCUUUGCCGUGAGUAGAGGGGCAGGACUUGAAAAUGGCAUUUCCCCAGAAAAGGCCGAACAGCUAUGGGGUGGGGGGCACGGUAGGAAUGGGGGGAAAUCAUAGAAUUGCAGAGUUGGAAUGGACCACGAUGGUCAUUAGUCCAUCCCCCCGCAGUAUCGGAAUCUUUUGCCCAACAUGGAGCCAAACUCACGUAAUUCGCAGCUUUUGAAGCAAUAUGCGAACCAAAAGAAGAAAGCACCUAAUUGUCAACACAACCUACAACCUUUGAAUGGUUGUAAUAGUUCUCUGGCUUCAGUAUAUUCAAUUCAAUUCAAUCAGUUUAUUACAGUCAUAGACCAGCAGUCAGAGAAUAGAAUAUUAAGUGGAUAAAAAACAAAACUGAUAAUUAAAACAGAUAAAAACUAAAAACAAAUAAAAACAUUCAAUAAAACAACUAAAACUAAAAACAAAUAAAAACAUUCAAUAAAACAACUAAAACUAAAAACAAAUAAAAACAUUCAAUAAAAACAGACAAUUAAAACAAUGUACAACAAUGAAUUUAGACACACUGUGCAUAUAUUGAAAUGAGCUCUUCUUAGCCAUUGGCUUAGCUCAUGUUGUUGUUGUUUAGUCAUUUAGUCGUGUCUGACUCUUCGUGACCCCCUGGACCAGAGCACGCCAGGCACUCCUGUCUUCCACUGCCUCCCGCAGUUUGGUCAAACUCAUGCUGGUAGCUUCGAGAACACUGUCCAACCAUCUCGUCCUCUGUCGUCCCCUUCUCCUUGUGCCCUCCAUCUUUCCCAACAUCAGGGUCUUUUCCAUGGAGUCUUCUCUUCUCAUGAGGUGGCCAAAGUAUUGGAGCCUCAUCUUCAGGAUCUGUCCUUCCAGUGAGCACUCAGGGCUGAUUUCCUUCAGAAUGGAGAGGUUUGAUCUUCUUGCAGUCCAUGGGACUUUCAAGAGUCUCCCCCAGCACCAGAAUUCAAAAGCAUCAAUUCUUCGGCGAUCGGCUUAGCUCAUACCCUCCAACAUUUGUCCAAUGAAAAUAGGGACGUCCCAUUCCAUACUGAUAAUUUUACUGUUUAUAUCCCACACAUCUUACUGGGUUGCCCCAGCCACUCUGGGCAGCUUCCAACAUAUAUAAAACAUAACAAAACUUUAAACAGAAAAAAACCUUCCCUUUACAGGAUUGUCUUCAGACGGUCACGGGUCAGAUAACUCCAUACCCUCCAGCAUUUCUCUAAUGGAAAUAGGGACAUUCUAAGGAAAAGCAGGAUCAAAUCAGAAACCGCGAUGGCUUCUCUAAAUCAGGGGUGUCCCUGGAAAACAGGGACCCUUGGAGGGUCUGUUAGGUGAUGUGUGUUAUUGGGUGUUCAGAAACAUUCCAACUGCUCAGAAGUCAGCACACUGGUUAAGAACCAGAAUCAGGUCCUAAGAAGGGAGAAACAUCUCUAUCAAAGUGACAAUCAACUGCUACUAUACCAGGAAUGGGGAAUCUGUGGCCUUUCAGAUGUUGUUGGGCACCAACUCCCAUUAGCUCCAGGCAGCAUGGCCAAUGGUCAUCAUGGACAGUGGAAGUUGAACAACAUCUAGAACAAGGCUGAGAGAGUUUUUCUGAAUGGAGGAGAGAGAGAGAGAGAGAGAGAGAGAGAGAGAGCACGCUAAAAACUGAUGUCCUGUGUACAGAUGUCUGAUGCUGCCCGAAACGUGGGUGCCUGGGAAUUUUGGCAUUCAUGUUUUUAAAAAGUUCCUAGUCCUCAUGUUUGUGGAGAUGUGUUUGAAUAACACAGGACUGAAACUUCUAAAUUUAGUUGGGAACUUCUCCCUUUCUCAUGGCUUCCUCCUUUAUACCCUUGCUGCUCCUGCACUUCAUAGCCACAUAGUUAUGGUAGCUAAAGAGCUUUAAAAGUACAGAACUUUUAUAUUUGCAAAUACAUCGGAGAGGAGAGUGUGCAUAGGUUGGGGACUGAACGUUCAUUUUCUCCAGCAAAUAUGGGGAGAAAAGCAAUGGUACCGAGCGUUUGAUACCAGACCUUAAAGACUACCAUCUCUUUUUAACUCAACUCCUGUGCCUUUAACCCAUGAGGCAGAAAACCAACAGGCAAAGUACUUCCUGGCAUGAAAUGUGAUGAUUGGAGAGAUUCACCUGUUGAAUUUCUGCCUGUCACGCUGCACUUAAAAGCACAGCAGGAGCCCUGCAAGCAGAGAGAAAUUGAGGCAAGCCUCCCUGAGCACUUGAUCAUGGAUGAGUAGCCCAGUCACACAUAAACACACGCCUGACCUUUUAACUAUACUCAGCUGGGAGUCUCUGGGGUGGUGGGGGGUAGCAGGGUCAGUUUGAGCUGUAGGACAGAUGGCUUUUCCCUGACACGCCAGAUUUGGCAGAGGUGCUUAGCAGCUGCCUAGGGAGGGAAGCUAGAACAGGCAGGGCUGGUAAAAGGGGCAAGGGAGGUGGGCUUGGGUGGAAGGGUGGGCAAUAGUUGCAAGGCAGAUAAGUGAGUGUGGCAGGGAGCCAGGCACCACCAGAACACCACCUUAAAACCAUUACAAACUGCAGGAAUUUGGGGCAUCUGCACCACCACACAGCUCCACCCCACCCCCCUUGUUUCCCUUAACCUCCAGCCCAAUGAAGCGUUCUGCGGAACCUGGAAGCUUGCUCAUUAUUUUGUGUCAUUUUGCACAACGUCAAAGGAAGGUGCUGCCCUGUUGUGAUUUCGGGAUCAUGGGGCUCGUAGCCAGAUGCAUGAACGCAAUGCGAUGGACCUGCAUGUUUAUCCAUGGGGGCCCUUCCCCACACCCCACACCAGGGGUCAGCAAACUUUUUCAGCAGGGGGCCGGUCCACUAUCCCUCAGACCUUGUGGGGGGCCGGACUAUAUUUUGGGGAAAAAAUAUGAACGAAUUAUUAUGCCCCACAAAUAACCCAGAGAUGCAUUUUAAAGAAAAGCACACAUUCUAUUCAUGUAAAAAGACGCUAUAAUAAUAAUAAUUUAUUAUUUAUACCCCGCCCAUCUGGCUGAGUUUCCCCAGCCACUCUGGGCGGCUUCCAAUCAAGUGUUAAAAACAAUACAGCAUUAAAUAUUAAAAACUUCCCUAAAACAGGGCUGCCUUCAGAUGUCUUUUAAAAAGAAGAUAGCUGCUUAUUUGCUUCACAUCUGAAGGGAGGGCAUUCCACAGGGCGGGCGCCACUACCGAGAAGGCCCUCUGUCUGGUUCCCUGUAACCUCAUUUCUCGCAAUGAGGGAACCGCCAGAAGGCCAUUCGGUGCUGGAUCUCAGUGUCCGGGCUGGACGAUGGGGGUGGAGACGCUCCUUCAGGUAUACAGGACCGAGGCCGUUUAGGGCUUUAAAGGUCAGCACCAACACUUUGAAUUGUGCUCGGAAACGUACUGGGAGCCUAGAAUGUCCCUAUUUCCAUUAGAGAAAUGCUGGUAGUAUGGAGUUAUCUGACCCCUGACCAUCUGAAGGCAAUCCUGUAAAGGGAUUUUUUUUUAUGUUUAAUGUUUUAUUAUGUUUUAUAUAUGUUGGAAGCUGCCCGGAGUGGCUGGGUAAACUCAGCCAGAUGGGCAGGGUAUAAACAGUAAAAUUAUCAGUAUGGAAUGGGACGUCCCUAUUUUCAUACGCUGAUUACCAGACCGUCCGCAGGCUGGAUUUAGAAGGCGAUUGGGCCAAAUCCGGCCCCCAGGCCUUAGUUUGCCUACCCAUGCCCCAACUACAUUGGGGCUGCAGGAGGUGGGGAGAGACAGUGCAAAGCUUUCCUGCCUGCUGGGCUCGCCUCAUCCUUGUACUUUGGGGUUUUUGGAUUUUUUUAAGCAUGCACAUUCAUUGCCUCCAUGCCAUUAACACCAUAUCUUGUUUGAUCCUUCAAUGGACACAGAGAAAUGGAGGCAGACACAGAGAAUGAACUUUCAAUGGUUAAUGGUUGAGCAACCUUUUUUUACUAUUAGCCAACACCCCAAGCCUUUCUAGAAACAGCUGAUUCAUCAAGGCCAGCCCUACCAUUAGGUAGAUUCCUUAAGUGGCAGGUGGGAGGGAGGGCAGGUAGAGCCAUACAUGCCACACGGUCUACCCAGUGCCUCCAAUGUCUGCUGAAAUGGGUGGCGAUGGGUGCCAUCUUGCUGUUCCCCUCAAGCAGCAAAAUGCCUAGGAGCGGGGGUGGGGGACGUUUUUCAGCCUGGGGGCCACACUUCCCCAAAAGCAACCUUCUAGGGACUGCUUGCCAGGGACAGGCAGGGAAAGAGUUGGCCGGGCAACAGAUAGUUAGAUGGUUAGAACUAAUGACUGAUAACUAGUACCAGCCCCAAGGAGCAACCAAUUUGUAUCAAGUGUUCUUGAGUUUGCAGGAGCUGAGAACCGCAAAGGAGGACCCAGGGGCUAUAGGGACCUGCUGCUCCCUCCAUGUGACUUCACAAGACACACCCAAAAAUCAUGAGCACAAGGGAGUCCUGAAGGAUGCUCACAGGGGAAAGAGCCUGAGAUGCAAACCUAACAAUUAAACCCCUGGUGUUGCAAGCAAAUAUCAGUAAUAUCCAAAGGCAACAUGAUGACCAAGUACAACAAUGCGAUGUCAAUAUAAACUCUUUAUAUAAUCUAUACAGAACAUUGAACAAUAUGAAAUAUGCACUCUCUGCAAAACCAAAUAAACAAUGCUGCCGAAGUGGUCCUCAAACAGAUGUAGUGAACAGUGAUUCCAGAUAUACCCACUGUUUCGUGGAAUUCUUCUUCAGCACAGCAGAAGGAUACAGAAAUGCUUCAAAAACUGCAAUUGAAUUAUUGAAAUGAUGACCUUCAUCAGCAUUGGACGUCAUAAAACAAAGCUUUACUGCUUGUUUCCUCCAGAUAAGAAUCUGACCCAGUGCUUCUUACAGAGACUUGCAUAGCCCACAAAGACGUUCAGAGACCUAUAACAUUUAUGUUUAUUUGGUUCUAUAUUUUGAAGAGAAUCCAUCAAGAGUGCAUAUUCUGUGACUUUCAGAGAUUUAGAAGAAUUCUGUUUAUUUGGUUUUGCAGAGAGUGCAUAUUUCAUAUAUUUCAUAUUGUUCAAUGUUCUGUAUAGAUUAUAUAAAGAGUUUAUAUUGACAUUGCAUUGUUGCACUUGGGCAUGUGUUGCCUUUGGAUAUUACUGAGAUGCAGACCUGCCUGCCUUGUCCACAUUCUUGCUAUGCAGAUCUAGGUAAAUGUGCUGUUCCACACAUGGGUCCUGCUGAGCAGCCUCAGCCUUGCAAGCUCCCCCCCCCUUCCCCAGCCUCAGCUGUCCCUGACUGGAGCUGCUGCUGCUCAUUUUGCUAAAACCCCUCUAAUCCCCAUCACUAAUCGCUUUAAUGGGGCUUCUCACAGACCCAGCGAGGGCGGGAAGCAGAGACAUGCUGUGGAAAGGGAAAUGGGACAAUUUGGUGCAGCUAGGAGAGGAGGACGGGGGUGGGUGGGGGGCAGGAUAAUGGAAGCCAGCAUUCUCACUGGGAAACUGGAUUUUGGUGAGGGGAACCAGGAGUCCUGGGAUCCAUCUGCCUCAAAGAUUGGGAGACGAUCCAGGAGACAUGGGUUAGAAUUGGGAAAGAGCCAAGAUGAUCAGCUCAGUUCUGUUGGAUGCCCUCUGCCCUCAGUUUCCUCACGCUGCCCCCAAAAUCUGGUAUAAAACACCACUCUAAUCUCUGCCUUCCAUUUCCCAUUUAGCAUUUCUGUAAUAAUUAUCCACAGACAAGCACAACAGCGCUAUGAUAUAUGCCAGCUGUCCCCACCCUGGUGCUCUCCAAAUGGUUUGGGCUACAUCUUGCAGCAUCGCUGACCAUUAUCCAUUGAGCUUCAUCAUGGGUUUUGCACUGCAGCCUCCUGCAUCUUCUAAACCCAACACUCAGUCCUCUUCUAUCAGGGUAGCUCCGGCAGCUAUUUUUCCGCUGCCUGGCCUGGUGCACAGCCUCUCAGGUUGCUUCCAUGCUACAGGCCCUUUAACUUCUGCAAUCAGCUGGAAGAGGGAUUGUGCACUAUGUCCACAUGGCACUAUGUUAAAUGGCAAUCUCCUUCCCCAUGGUCAAAAUCUUUCUCAAACGUUUACUUGCAAUUGAGUGAUAUCCACCAAUGUCCCCUGUAAUGUUAAUUGGUAGCUUCUUCUUUUCACAUUCUGCUCAUUUUAUUCCUUCCUGUUCUACACAGCUGGAAGUUUUGUGAUGCACUGCCCCUCAAUAAGUCAGGUUCUUUUUACUAUUAUGCAGGGAGAGCUUUAAUUACAGGCUUCCUUUCACUAUUAUUUUUCUUUUAUAGCAAAAUAACUAUUUUUCUUUAAAAGAAAAGAAACUGGUUUAUUAACUGCACCACCACUAGGCAGGAAACAGAAGCUACCUACCAAUUAAGGGUCUCUGCGGGUGGCGCUGUGGGUUAAACCACAGAGCCUAGGACUUGCCUAUCAGAAGGUCGGCGGUUUGAAUCCCCGCGACGGGGAUUCCCAGGGGGAAGGUAAACGGCGUUUCCGUGAGCUGCUCUGGUUCGCCAGAAGCGGCUUAGUCCUGCUGGCCACAUGACCCGGAAGCUGUAUGCCGGCUCCCUCGGCCAAUAAAGCGAGAUGAGCGCCGCAACGCCAGAGUCGGCCAUGACUGGACCUAAUGGUCAGGGGUCCCUUUGGACAGGAGCAAUUGAUCUCUAACCACCUGGCAGCACUGAACAGGAAGUGAUAAACAGCACAGAACCUACAAAGAGGAAGCUUUUAAUCAGAGGCACAGUAGUUAAAAGCCUCAAUAGCAUUUUGACUGCCUACAGUUGGCAGGCAGGUGCUGCAAUUAUGCUUUAUUGCAACCCUGCCCCUGAAAACCCCCUCAAAGUGUGUGGGGGGGAUGCAGAAAACACUGGAUUGGAAGAGGAGUAUCAUGAUGUAAUCUUCAUUCUCUGAGAGGGGGAAAAGGCAAUAUGAAAGAAAGGGGCUAAUCUGGAAGCUUUCCUGAUCUCAUCUGCUAGCAGCUAGGGAAUGCAAUGCAUAUGAAAAAGAAAGCAUAUUCCAGAACCUAGAACUGAGCCUCACAUACCUCAUUGCCCUGUUACAGCAUCUUUGGGUUUGAAUGGUUUCCUCCACUAGUCUGGAAUUGUUUUGACAAUACAUAUUUAUAGGCUGGUACUUGGUUUCCUGUUUCAAGUGAAUCAUCCUUUUCAAUUCUAUGAUAACAAAGCUUGGGUAUUAAGUGCGCACACUGGGGCCAGACUAGAAACACUGUGUUUCCCAUGUGACAUAUAGAUGCUUCAAUCUGCUCUGGAAUUUGGCAUGGCAAUGAUAGUACCCCAUAGAAUUGUUGUUGUUACUAUUACUAUUAUAUAGGUUUCUUACUCACCCUUCAUAAUGAGGUCCCAGGGUGAGUAGCAACCAUUUUAAAAUACAGUAUUAAAAUACUGAUUGGCUAACCUUUGGUUAGAGGGACGCGGGUGGCGCUGUGGGUUAAACCACAGAGCCUAGGACUAGCUGAUCAGAAGGUCGGCGGUUCGAAUCCCCGUGACGGGGUGAGCUCCCGUUGCUCAGUCCCUGCUCCUCCCAACCUAGCAGUUCGAAAGCAUGUCAAAGUGCAAGUAGAUAAAUAUACCGCUCCGGCGGGAAGGUAUACGGCGUUUCCAUGUGCUGCUCUGGUUAGCCAGAAGCGGCUUAGUCAUGCUGGCCACAUGACCCAGAACUGUACACCGGCUCCCUCGGCCAAUAAAGCGAGAUGAGCACCACAACCCCAGAGUCGGCCACGACUGGACCUAAUGGUCAGGGGUCCCUUUACCUUUACCUUUGGUUAGCAUAUUUGUGAAUUGCUGCGUUCAGCCACUGGAAAGUACAGCAGCCCAUUAUCUAUAAGGGUCAAUUCAUAUGUAAUAAUUUACAGAUUUUUAUAUUUUAUUAGGUUUAUGUUACAUACACUCAGUGCUUUUUUUUCUAAAAAAAAUGUUUAGGAGUACUCUCAUCUUCAAAUAUCUCAAGGGCUGUCACAUGGAAGAGGGAAGAAGCUUGUUUUCUCCUGCUCUUGGGGUUGGGGUAGGACAUGAACCAAUAAAUUUAAGUUACCAGAAGGGAGAUUCCAACUAAACAUCAGGAAUAACUUUCUGACAGUAAGAGCUGUUUGACAGCGGAAUAUUGGGAGCUUGUGAACCCUCCUCCCUUGGACGUUUUUAAGUAGAGGUUGGAUGGCCACCUGGCCUGGCUGCUUUAGUUGAGAUUCCCAUAUUGCAGGGGGUCAGGCUAGAUGAGUCUUGGGGAUCCCUUCCAACUCUAAUUCUAUGAUUCUAAUGGAGAAGGGAAGGAUAUUCCAGGCCUAGAGAGGCCUGAGAGCAAGUCUGUAGCAUAAUUAGGGUAGGACAAUGUACCAGCAGCUAGCGAUUCCCAGUGUGGUGUAGUGGUUCAGAGCGGUGGACUCGUAAUCUGGUGAACCGGGUUCACUUCCCCACUCCUCCACGUGCAGCUGCUGGGUGACCUUGGGCUAGUCACACUUCUCUGAAGUCUCUCAGCCCCACUCACCUCACAGAGUGUUUGUUGUGGGGGAGGAAGGGAAAGGAGAUUGUGAGCCACUUUGAGAUUCCUUAAGGACCCCUGACCAUUAGGCCCAGUCAUGGCAGACUCUGGGGUUGCAGCGCUCAUCUUGCUUUACUGGCCGAGGGAGCCGGCGUACAGCUUCUGGGUCAUGUGGCCAGCAUGACUAAGCCGCUUCUGGCGAACCAACCAGAGCAGCGCACGGAAACGCCGUUUACCUUCCCGCUGGAGCAGUACCUAUUUAUCUACUUGCACUUUGACGUGCUUUCGAACAGCUAGGUUGGCAGGAGCAGGGACCAAACAACAGGAGCUCACCCCGUCGUGGGGAUUCGAACCGCCGACCUUCUGAUCGGCAAGUCCUAGGCUCUGUGGUUUAACCCACAGCGCCACCCACGUCCCACUUUGAGACUCCUUAGGAUAUUGAUAAAACAGGAUAUCAAAUCCAAACUCUUCUUCUUCUCUCCACCCCUCCAGAUACCCCAGAUCAGCUACGCCUCCACGGCGCCUGAGCUCAGUGACAGCAACCGCUAUGAUUAUUUCUCCCGCGUGGUUCCUCCGGACUCCUACCAGGCCCAGGCCAUGCUGGACAUUGUCAAAGCCAUGGGCUGGAAUUACGUCUCCACGCUGGCCUCCGAGGGCAACUACGGCGAGAGCGGUGUCGAUGCCUUCAUGCAAAUCUCCCGCGAGGCUGGUGAGCCAGAGGAUACCUGACGGGUGAGGUGGGGGGGCAGCAGAGCCAGGAGGAGGAGAACCCAGAGAGACCUUUCAGCUUGAGCCGCCACUUUCCUCCGGGAGAAACUGCGGUUUGGCGCUGAUUCAGAACAAACGGCAAUCGGGUUUUCUGCAGCUUGCCGUCUGUUCCGAUUGAGCACCAAAGAGAGGGUUUUCCAGGAGGAAGCAGCGGGGAAAAGGCAAAAGUGCUCAGAAAGCACAGGGCAAGCAGAAGGGACAAGCAGAAACAGCGCCUUCAAGGAAGGUGUUCGAUGAUCGUAAAACGGUCCAGGAAGUGGCGGUGGCAGAGGAGGACAGAGCAGGAGGGGGGGAAGGUGAGAGGGGAGUUAGCAGGUGGGUGGGGAAGCUGUGGUGGCAGCAACAGGAUGGUAUCCCAGCAUCCCAGCGUGCACCGUCACAAAAAAAGCACUGAGCAGAAGUGUUGACAGGCCCUUGGCCAAACACCCAUGGGUGCAAUAACUAUGCCUGACAUAUUCUGGAGUGUUUGUGGGGAGGGGGAGAAGACACAUGCCAGUCAUGGGCAUAAAGGCAGGAGUCUACUUCCCCAUACCUACCUGUCUUUAUAUAGUUAGAGAAUAUCUAUCUAAGAAAAGAUGUCAUCAUGCAGCUGUUUGUGCCCAACUGCAGCUUAGGGACGGAACAGCAGGCAGCACAGGCAGGUGAGAUUGCAAAUGGGGGCCAGCUGCCUAGGAUAGUAGCUACACGGGAGCCACCAGGAUGGGCCAGGCAGGGGUGUAGGAAGGGAGGGCGGUUCGCCCCGGGUUCCAUCAUGGUGGGGGGUGUCAAAAAGGAAGAAUUACUGCCCUGCUAGGGGGGUUCAUUAAAAAAAAAUGCCUGCUCCAAAGGUCUUAACUUACUACACUAGGGAUUAUAUAGCUAUAUCUGAAUUUUCAUGCAUAUCAGUUAAUAUCUUGACCCUCCUCCACGAAGAUAACUGUUUACUUGGCUGUUUUCAUACGUUGUGAAGGCUGAAAUUUCAAUUCAGUGGAGCCAAAACACAAUCCAUCCUGUAGAUUUAAGUAUCUGUCCACAGUCCCCUCCUUGUUAUCAGAGGCCCAUAAUCCACAUUCCUUUGUAAGAAAAUAUGAAAUAACAUAAAACUAUUUUUGCAGGCAAAAAAAAAAAAUCAAUGCGGGGGUGUCACAAGAAAUUUUCCGCACCGGGUACCACCUGACCUUCCUACGCCUUUGGGACCAGGGCAGCUCCAGCAACCUCACACUGAUGAGAAAAAAGCAGUGGGGAGGGGGACAUUUUAAAGAGGGAAGUGUGCUGAAGAGAAAGGCUCACGAGUCCUUUCCUCCCACAGUUCCACUUUGCAGGAGUGUCUCUAGCCUGUGGCUCUCCAGCUGCAGACGUUUAAGUGCCGGACUAGGACCUGGGUUCAAAUGCCCUCUCAGCCAUGAAUCCCAUUAGGUGACCUUGGGCCGGUCUCUCAGCCCAACCUACCUCACAGGGUUGUUGCGAGUAUAACAAUGGAGAGGGGGGGAUGCGGGUCCGAAACCCUGAGCUCUUUGGAGAAAAGGUGGGGUAGAAAUUAAAUUAAAUGAAUAAUAAACUCCCGUAAGGCCUAGCAAACAUGGCCAGUGGUCACGGGAGCUGUAGUCCAGCAAUUUCUGGAGGUCCUUGCCUGCUCUGAGCAGUGGCAGCUGCCUAGGAGUCCAAGCAAGGCUCUGUCAUAUCCCCUGGCACCUCGUCCUUUCUGUAAUGGAGGUGCUAGAGACUUAAUCUGGGAUCCGUCAGGCUCCUCCCAAUCGGUUCCUGAAGCUUUCUUACACCUGUCAGGUGGAGUCUGUAUCGCCCAAUCCAUCAAGAUCCCACGAGAACCCAAGCCGGGAGAGUUUGACAAAAUGAUCAAGAGGCUGAUGGAGACCCCCAACGCUCGUGGCAUCAUCAUCUUCGCCAACGAGGAUGACAUCAAGUGAGUGUGCCGUUAGCGGCAAGGCACAACGCUUCCUCCAGAGGGAGCGUUGGGUGAGGUAUUACCGUACUUUUCCAUGUACAAUACUAGGUUUUUUUACUUUAAAAUUAUGUGAAAAACUGCGGGUCGUCUUAUACACGGGGCAAUCUCACCCCUAUUUUCUUAAAUUGGAGUCCUAAAAAUAGGGGGCGUCUUAUACAUGUGGGUGUCUUAUACACGGAAAAAUAUGGUAACUCUCGCUUUCCCCCCCCCAUGCGCCCCCUGCAGGCGAGUGCUGGAGGCUGCACGCCGGGCCAAUCUGACCGGCCAGUUCCUGUGGGUCGGAUCCGACAGCUGGGGCUCCAAGAUCUCUCCUAUUCUGAAGCAAGAAGAGGUGGCUGAAGGAGCUGUCACCAUCCUACCCAAGCGAGCUUCUGUGGAAGGUAGGCAACAAGGGGGCACUGGGGCCAAUCGUAGUGGGAGAGAGUAUAACAGGCAGAUGUAGACCCCACACCUUUUUGCACAGAAUGUUUUGGGACAUGGGACCUCAGCUGACCCUCAUUCUUCCCAUUGCUUUAUUUCUCACCCGAAGACACUUGCUUUCUAAAUUUAAUCUGCUCGUAAGCACCGCACCAUAAUUGCCCUGGUUGAGAAUACGAAAAGGCGCUAAAGGACAUUAAGUGGUAGCUAAUCCAUUUUAAGGGGAUCCUGGGUCUGUGACUUAACACACUUGCAAACCAGCCAUUCAUAGCUAUGAGGAAAGACUCUCCAUUCACUUUUGCUGCCUGCUUGAGGGUUUUAAUCUGCGAGUGACUCUGAGUACGGGACCAUGGCUGGCAGUCAUUCUGAAUUUAUUCCUCUGGAACCAAAAUAGAGGAAUGGAAAGAUCAGGGAGCCUGAACAAAUAUUUGCUUGGAGGGUAGACUGACUAUUUCUGUAGAAAUAGGAUCUUAUGACUUGGGCUGCCAUUUUUAUUCACUUGACAGCAGCCUAUGAUGCAGGCAGAAAUCAACAGGUGCAACUUUUCCCUGUCUCAGCAGCUCUAGGCUGAGCAAAGCUGGUUGAUUUCUGCCUGUUCUGGGCUGGGGAACUGUAGUCCUUCAGAUGUUGUUGGACUACAACUCCCAUGAUCCCUGAUUGUUGGCCAUUAUAUCUAGGGCUGAUUGGAUCCAGAGGUCAAUAACCUCAAGGACACACACAGAGAUUUCCCAUCCCUGCCUUAGAUAAGAUAGAAGGGCUUAUAACGCAGGGGGCCUGAUCUCCUGGCAACCUUCACCCCCCUACAGGAUCACACAGCAUUUUAGAAAUAAAGUACUGUAAAGGUUGGAUUGCCAGCUGACUAGAGAAAAAGUCAGCUUGGUUGGCUAUUGGACCUUUAAUAGCAGGAUGAUCUGCUGAAAUCAGUAGGUGAAACUUUUCUUGCAUGGAUGGAGAGAAUAUUAUCAGCUGCUAAUGUCUACAGAGGGACGCGGGUGGCACUGUGGGUUAAACCACAGAGCCUAGGACUUGCCGAUCAGAAGGUUGGCGGUUCGAAUCCCUGCGACGGGGUGAGCUCCCAUUGCUCAGUCCCUGCUCCUGCCAACCUAGCAGUUCGAAAGCACAUUAAAGUGCAAGUAGAUAAACAGGUACCGCUCCAGCGGGAAGGUAAACGGCGUUUCCAUGCACUACUCUGGUUCGCCAGAAGCGGCUUAGUCAGGCUGGCCACAUGACCCGGAAGCUGUACGCCGGCUCCCUCAGCUAAUAAAGCAAGAUAAGCACCGCAACCCUAGAGUCAGCCACGACUGGACCUAAUGGUCAGGGGUCCCUUUACCUUUAUCUUAAUGUCUUCAGAGGUCAAGCUCCUAUUACAGCUGCAGCUACGGAGGCUGGUGAAAAAGUUGGCAAUGCAGUAGAAGGAUGCCUACAAAGGCCAUGACCUCCCUGUUUUCUCCCCCAAGGUUUUGACCAGUACUUCACCACACGCUCCUUGGAGAACAAUCGGCGCAACAUCUGGUUUGCUGAGUACUGGGAGGAAGAUUUCCGAUGUAAACUGACUCGUCCAGGGUUGCAGCCUGAUGAAGGGGCACGGAAAUGUACUGGUAUGGAGGCUUUGGGAGAGAGCUUAAAACAAGGCAGGGUGGUACCAGGGAUGGGGUAGGAAUUCAAGUAAGUUCUCAUUUGAAGAUGAACCUACCAUGGAAUCAUAGAAUCAUAUAGUUAAGGGACCCUGAGGGUCAUCUAGUCCAACCCCCUGCAAUGCAGGAAUCUCAGCUAAAGCAUCCACGACAGAUGGCCAUCCAGCCUCUGCUUAAAAAUCUCCAAUGAAGGAGAGUCCAUUCCACCCUCAAACAGCUCUUUCUGUCCUGUUCUUCCUGGUGUUUAGUUGGAAUCGCCCUUCUUGUAACUUGACGUCACUGGUUUGAAUCCUACCCUCCAGAGCAGUAAAAAACAAACUUGUUCCUUCUUCCAUGUGACAGUCCUUGAGAUAGUUGAUGAUGUCUAUCACAUCUCUUCUCAGUCACCGCUUUUUCAGGCUAAACAUGCCCAGCUCCUUCAACCAUUCCUCGUGGUUUGGUUUCCAAAUUUGCACUUUCAGAAACCAUAUGUGAACCAAAACACGGGCAUCCUUCAAAAUUUGCAGUGCAGCUGUUCAGCCAAAUAAUAUGUACAAAAUGCAUAUGCUAAGUAACAGUGUGCAUAAAAAUGCAUGUAUUUGUGAAAACAACAUACAAACACGCAUUAUAUUAGGAAAAUUUGCUUUGCAAAAAUGUGCGUGGUAGGCAAAAUUGUGCUUAUUGGGAGAAGUAUGCAGUUGAAAUGCCAACACAUUCUUGUGAGGAUUUUUAUUUUAAAAUCAUAAAUUGCUGCAGAAAUGUGGGGAGUUGAAGUUAGAAUGCAGAAAUGCGAACAACUUCAGGGUGAGAAAGUGAGAGAACCAAAAGUGACAGAUCCAUCUGUUCCUUCGAAGAUACAUGGAACAGCUGUUGCCAAGUGCUCCCCAUUCACCUGGUUCACAACUAUUUCCUUGCAGCCUGGCUGUGCACUAAUCCCUAUUUUUGAGAGGCAGAGGUGUUAGAAAGGGAAUAUUAUCGGGGAGCUGCAGGGCCUGGGUUUAUUUCACCGCUCUGCAGGGAAUGGAGGGGAUUAGAUUUCCAAGUGGUGCCAUCCCAACCCCAACCCUUCCACAGAAUGUCAAAGUACUGGUUUUCCCUGCCUGGAGCCCCCAAAUCCAGCCUCCCCUGGCUGAGAUAGACUCGGGUUGAAUCUGGCAUUUCUCUGAGGGUUCUGCUAUUGCCAUUAUCACAAAGGUUCCCAAUUCUUCUCACAUUCUCUCCUGAGCUUCUGCCUGGACCCAAACCCCUCCAUCUUGCCUGACAAAACUGACAAUGUUUGGGGGUUUGUUUGUUUUCCUUCUCAGCUGACACCCAGCUGUAGCUGAAAUUAUCAGUAUGGUGCUGAAUUCUUUGAUCAAAGGAUGUGCAUCGUAAAAUAAUGAGAUGUCUGAGUUAUUACAGGAAAUAAAUUUAUAUUAUUACAGGGAAUACAUUGUUACUUGGAAAUAAAACCAGCAAACGUCUGUAGCCAACAAAAAAAAUUUACUGGCCCACUUGCCCACAAUAUACAGUCAUACCUCAGGUUGAAUAUGCUUCAUGUUGAGCGCGUUCAAGUUGCGCUCCACGGCAACCCGGAAGUAAUGGAGCGCGUUACUUCUGGGUUUUGCCGCUCGCACAUGCGCAGAUGCUCAAAAUGCCGUCACAUGCAUGCGCAGAAGCGGCGAAAAGCGACGCGUGUGUGCACAGACAUGCCAUCGCUAGUUACGUUUGCUUCAGGAUGCGAACGGGGCUCCGGAACAGAUCCCGUUCACAUCCCGAGGUACCACUGUACAUAAGUUGGCUACCUGUGGCCUAAAAUUGGGAACUUUUUCUAAAGUUUCCUUCUUUGCCCACCUGGAGGCAAUUCAUACCCACAAGGGGCAAACAAGAGUCUCCUGCCUCUUUCCCAUCUCGCUUAUUCAGCUUAAUUAAAGUCGAAAGUACAUAAUCCUAGUGAGCAAUGACUAAAGUGGUUAUCCUGGUUUUGUUGCCUGCCUUAAAGUUAAUCUUACUAUUUGUCUGUGUGGCAACUAUUGUUUCACAGGAGGUGCUGAUUAGAUUUUACUGGUAACUAGAUUACAUGUGCUGAUCUUUACACAAAGUAUUAGGAGCUCAGGAUAACUUCCAAGACACACACUGCUUCCGAGGUCAAGAAAGAUAAUAACGGAGAUCUCUGUCAUAUUAAGUUAUGCCAGCAUUUCCCCAGGCCAUGAUCUACACUGCAGCAAUAGACCAUGGCAAAAGUUUCAGAGUAACACUCACCUAUUCGCAGUUGCACUCCAGCUCCCACCCUCUUCCUCGGCCCUUGGCUGAUUGGAGCUGAUGGGAGCUGGGAGUCCAGAGAGCCACAGCUUCCCUUCCCAUUGUCAUACUCUAAGUAGACUCAUCAUUGGCUCUCACCCCUCUGUGCUUGGUUCUGAUCCACAUUUUACCCUUCCCCCGCCACAGGCGAAGAGCGGAUUGGAAGAGACGCAACGUACGAACAAGAAGGGAAGGUGCAGUUUGUCAUUGACGCCGUCUAUGCCAUGGCUCACGCCUUGCACAACAUGCACCUGGACCUCUGCCCAGGCCACAUCGGGGUGUGUGAAAAGAUGGACCCCAUCCAUGGCCAGACUCUGCUGCGCUACAUCCUCGCCGUCAACUUCAAUGGUGAGAUGGGCAGAGUCCCUUUGACUGCAGUAGUGUUGGGUUGCUUCACCUGGCCUCAAAUACAAAGGGCCCUUUUAAAGAUUUGCAUGCAUUUAAGACUGAGAAUUGUCUAGUGCUGGGCCAACUCAAGAGUAGGUCAACUGAAAUGAAGGAACCUAAGUGAGCCGGGUGUGUCAGGUUAGGAGCAUCCUAGACCCUAAGAUUUCAGGGCCAAAGCUUGAGAUCUGGGGACGGCCCCCAGUGAUGUCACAGGAGCAGCCCAAAUCAAAGACAUCCCCACCCACCUGGAGACUCAAGGCCACCAUCUGCCAACAGGCAAGGGAACCUGAAGCCUUCAGGUCAGAUCUGGAAGUCUGGAAACCCAAGCAUUGAGCUAACAACAGAGGCUGGUUUGGCCAGUUCAGUAGAUCUCUUCUACAGCAAACUCCCAUCUUACAGAUACUAGAUACAGGCUUGGUUGGGACCUGCAGGCCUCAUCCAAACCAACCCCCAAUCCUAUAACAGUCUGAAGAGCCCUGCUGGCAUCCAUCCCAUCUAACUCAGGACCCAGUAACUCACAGUGGACAGUCAGACACCACAAUGAAGUCUCCCACUGCUCUUCCAGCAACUGGUAAUUUAGAACUGUGUUGCCGUGUUGCCCUUGAAGGUAUCAUAAGCCAUCAUGUUGAUAGCCCCGCCCUCCUUGAAUUUGUCUAACCCCCUUGGAGAGCCAUCUCAUUCAAGAGAGGUAGUGAGCAUCCUGCUUGCAGUAACCCUCCCCUUCCUACAGGCAGCGCUGGGACACCUGUGAUGUUCAACGAGAACGGAGAUGCGCCCGGCCGCUAUGACAUCUUCCAGUACCAGCUGACAAACACCACGACCCCCGGGUACAAGGCGAUUGGGCAGUGGACAGAAUACCUACGUCUGAACGUGAGUGACCCAAGCAUAGCACUAGAGGUUGCUGUGGGGCCUGGAACACAGUGAGGAUUUGGUCAGGAAUCUGUGUUCUCAUUGGCAGCCACAUCAUGUUGCAUUCUGACACCAUCAGACCAGGAUAUUUGAGGUGCAGAAAAAGGCCAGAGUGCAACACAGUCCUGCAUAUGCAAGGCAGGAACGCAGCAUGGUCUCUAGGACAAACCACUCUGCCCUCUAUAUCUCUAUGGUGCCUAGAUCUAUUUGCCUAUUAUUGGUUGCCUCACAGGUCAUUCAGUCGGUGGCCUGGCUUUGCCUCCUCACCUGCUCUUCCCCACCCCUCUUUUUUGAAUGGGGAGAACCCAUACUCUUUUCUGCUAAGUUCUCAUUCAAAGCCCAGGCCCACAACUCACAACUCACCUUCCAGCCCAGAACCCAUCACAUUGUUCUCCAUGGAAGUUGUCCUUCAAGCUUGUGCUUGAAGGCUGCACAAGUCCUAUAGCCUCUUCUUUCUUCUUCUUCUUCUUCUUCUUCUUCUUCUUCUUCUUCUUCUUCUUCUUCUUCUUCUUCUUUAAAUGCACCACAUUGGUUCAGCACUGUCCAUGACAACCAUGGUUUGCAAGACCCAUAUACCUGGAAAGCCCAUAACCAUGUUUCCAAUUUGUUGUACAUUUGGGCAGUGUGUUCAUGGCAAUUUCCUCUGUCAGGCUGGCAUUCUUUGCAGAUGGUGCACCUGUGUCUCAUGGUCAUUGAAGAAACAUUUUAGUAGAGGAGGCGUUUCCACCUAAAACAUAAUAAAGAUACAAAAAAAGAUACAAAUAAAAAAAUACAGCAACAACACCCAGCCAACAACCCCCCCUAAGCAAUACCCCCUUUGCUGUUCAGCACCCUCAUCUUUUGUAGCUGGAGUCAGUGAGGGCCCUGCCCUCUCAGGCCAGGUGGGAACAAGCCAGCCGGUUUCCCAGGACUCACAGCCACAUGAAUAAUUCUCUGCAGAGGUGUUUUAAAAGUGUUCUGCUUUUAAGAAAUACUUUCCACAAUGACCUUUAGGUGCUCAGGAAGCCCUGAGAGUCUACUAUGGAACCCCCUGUUUGUUACAAAGGAUUCUGGGGCAUGCUCUGUGAUACACUUGGUUCACAGGAAGGCCUCCACAGGUUGGGCCUCUCUGGCCUGGAUGACAUUGCAGAAGAUGGCCAGUAAACUCUGUCAGGGAAGCUUCUCCACAAUUACUGGUCCUCUCACUGGUUAAUCCAGGGACAGGGAACCUUUGACCGUCCAGAGAAGUUGCUGGACUUCCAUAAUCCCUAGUCACUGGCUGAGCUGGCUGGGGUUGAUGGGAGCUGGAGUCCAACAUCUGGAGAGCCAACAUCUGGAGAGCUUAAUCCUUGAUACGCUUCCUGGAAAUGCUCAUGUUCCUUGAACCACUGCUCUGUGGCUCCCAUCUUGUUUAUGUAUCUCCCUCUAUAGAUUGAUGACAUGCAGUGGUCAGGUGGCCAGAAGGAGAUCCCGUCCUCCGUGUGCAGCCUUCCCUGCAAUCCCGGCGAGAGGAAGAAGAUGGUGAAGGGCGUGCCCUGCUGCUGGCACUGUGAACUGUGCGACGGCUACCAGUACCAGCUGGAUGAGUUCAACUGCGAGAUGUGCCCCUUUGACAUGCGGCCCAACCGUAACCGCACGGCUUGUCGCCCGACCCCCAUCGUCAAGCUGGAGUGGAGCUCCCCCUGGGCCGUUCUGCCCAUCUUCUUGGCCAUGGUGGGCAUCCUUGGCACCAUCUUCAUCAUCAUCACUUUCAUCCGCUUCAACGACACGCCCAUCGUCCGAGCCUCUGGCCGCGAGCUGAGCUACGUGCUGCUCACAGGGAUCUUUCUGAUCUACACCAUCACUUUCCUGAUGAUUGCGGAGCCUGGCAUUGGCGUCUGUGCCUUACGGCGCCUCUUCCUGGGCUUGGGCAUGGCCAUUAGCUACUCUGCUCUGUUGACCAAAACCAACCGCAUCUACCGCAUCUUUGAGCAAGGCAAGAAGUCGGUGACGCCACCCAAAUUCAUCAGUCCCACCUCCCAGCUAGUCAUCACCUUCAGCCUCAUUUCAAUCCAGAUAGUGGCUGUGGUCAUCUGGCUGGGGGUCGCACCUCCCCACAGCAUCAUUGACUAUGAAGAGCAGCGCACGCCCAACCCGGAGUUUGCCCAGGGGGUGCUCAAAUGUGACAUGUCAGACUUGUCCAUCAUCUCCUGCCUCAGCUACAGUAUCAUCUUGAUGGUCACCUGCACAGUCUAUGCCAUCAAGGCCCGUGGUGUGCCAGAGAACUUCAAUGAGGCCAAGCCCAUUGGCUUCACCAUGUACACGACCUGCAUUGUCUGGCUAGCCUUUGUGCCCAUCUUCUUUGGCACAGCGCAGUCAGCAGAGAAGGUGGGAAUAACCAGGCCAAGAAGUGGGAAACCGGGUAGGCGUGGCAGGGGUCGGGUUAAGCAGAGCACAAGGACCAAGCUAUUUAUUUACAUCUAGAGGCCACCUUUAUCUUCCAAUGAUCUCAAGGUGGUGUACAUAGUUCUCCUCCCCAUUCCAUCCCCACAACAACCCUGUGAGGUAGGUUAGCCUAGAAGAUGGUGACUGGCCCAUGGUCACCCAGUGAGCUUCAUGGCUGAGUGGGGAUUUGAACCCUGCUCUCCCACAUCAUAGUCCAACACUCUAACCAUUACACCACACUGGCUAGAGGAUAACAUGUGAGAAGUUAUUGAUAACAGCAGCAGAAAGGGAAGGGAUGUUUUUCCCUUCUGCCUUUUGUCCAGUCAGAAUUGCCCUCUCCAGGCUGCCUUUCCCUCCUCAGGGAACCCUCUGUCUUUUCAGUUAAAAAACAAACCCAAACGCCCAAUUUCAGGAGACUGUUCACACAUCUGCUAUAUAUUGUAUGGUUUGGCCCUAGGAGCUCAAACAGGCAGGCAGAAGCUCUCUAUGAAACGUUUCUUGCUGGGCUGUACCAAUUCAGAUUGCAGGUAGGAAGUGGGAUGGGCACUUUCCUGAAACAGUAUGAGAACUAAAACACAAGCACCUUUCAAAACUUGCAUUUCUCUGAAUUUUGCAAUGCCAAAUAAUGGUUACAAAAAUGCAUAGAAUUAGGGGGACGUGCACAUAAAAGUGCAUGUUAGUGAAGACAGCUCACAGAAAUGCAUUCUAUUAGGCAAAACUGCUUUGCAAAAAUCUGUAUAUUAGGGGAAAUUGCAUACAAAACUGUUCAUAUUAGGAAAAAUACACACUUAAAGUGCUGGUGAAUUUUCAUGGGAUCUUAAAACUAAGAGAAACCAAAAUUGACAGAGUGGCCAAUUUCUAGUUGAGACUUUAUUACCCACAUUUGCAUAUGUAAUACCUACUGUUUUGUCCCUUGUUGAGUUAACCUGAGCUGGUCACAAUUUCUCAGCCUAGCCAACCUUACAGGGUUGUUGUGAGGGAAGAGGCAGGAUAACCCCACAUCUGCUGCCCUGAGCUGUCUGGAGGGAGGAAUACCAUUGCAAUAAAGCAAGCAGGACGGGAACUUAGAGCAAUGACCCACCCCCAAGCCUUCCUCCAGUUCUGCGCUCCUGGGAUUUAAAUGUCACAACAUUUCCUGAACUAUCGAGUCUGUCAUUCUCAGAGGGUGUGCAGCGAGAGAGCUGCUAGGGGUGCCGUGAUAAGUCACAUUCAUUCAGUAAUUAACGGUUGCCUAGGAGCGCAAUGUGCCUGCCUGGCGCAUCUCUGCACAAGCCGGUCCCUCUCGCCUUUUUGCCUCCCACCCAGUUCGGCAACUCAUGUAGUGAGUGAGACAGAUUUCUCUCCAGGUGGUUAAAUCCUGACUCUGCCCCAUUUCCAAAGUGAACCUUCUCUGGUAUAAAGGUGAGGCAUGCCUCUGAUUUCAAUCCAGGGCAGAGGUGGGGGAACAAGGGUUAGCUCUCAAAAGGUUGGGGUGUGAUGGACUUCAGUAAUCCAGGCAGACUCAUAUGAGCUGACAUGGCGCACCAGGACAGCCUGAUCCAGUCCCAAGUUAUAUAAUAAUAAUAAUAAUUUAUUAUUUAUACCCCGCCCAUCUGGCUGGGCUUCCCCAGCCACUCUGGGCAGCUUCCAACAAAAUAUUAAAAUACCAUAAUACAUCAAACAUUAAAAGCUUCCCUAAACAGGGCUGCCUUCAGAUGUCUUUUAAAGAUAAGAUAGCUGCUUAUUUCCUUCACAUCUGAAGGGAGGGCGUUCCACAGGGCGGGCGCCACUACCGAGAAGGCCCUCUGUCUGGUUCCCUGUAACCUCACUUCUUGCAAUGAGGGAACCGCCAGAAGGCCCUUGGUGCUGGAUCUCAGUGUCCGGGCUGAACGAUGGGGGUGGAGACGCUCCUUCAGUUGGGUGUCUCUUAGGGCCCCUUCCGGGCAAGGGUGCCAGUUCCUGGGGGCUGAAGCACUAUGGGCCCCCAACCCUUUUUAAGGAGGCCAGGGGCUCCCUCCAUAUUCAGAGGGCCCCAUGUGCAAUGUCAGGACAUUGUGUCAGGCCCCUUCAAUCAUUUGGAGAAGCUUCCAUAUCAGAGAUGAUUUGUGCUCAUGAUCCUACCGGGGCAGUCAGACACAAUCCUGCUUUAAAUUCUGUGCCGGCCUGCAAAUGUUUUGGGAUUGUUACACAGCUUCAUUUCCUAUUUGUGCAUAUCCGGUCACUUCCUGCUAAAAUCCUGCAACUUUUCAAACUAUUAAUGUUUGAGGCUGGGGGUGGGGGUGGGGGUGGGGUGGGGAGCUCCUGCUACAGCCCCUCCAGACAGCAAUAAUGUGUUAGCAUUGAGAAAGCAGCUAGUUAAGCGGAACAAAUCUGCCACCAAUACACUAUUAUCGCGUCAAGAAGGUGUUGCAGAAUGGGCCCACAAUAAAGCACCAUUCCAGAAGGGUCUUAAGUCCACUGACAUCAACAGUCUUAGGCAUCAAACAUUUAAAACUUCCCUAAACAGGACUGCCUUCAGAUGUCUUCUAUAAGUCAGAUAGUUGUUUAUUUCCUUGACAUCUGAUGGGAGGGCAUUCCACAGGGUGGGUGCCACUACCGAGAAGGCCCUCUGCCUGGUUCCCUGUACCUUCACUUCUCACAGUGAGGGAACCACCAGAAGGCCCUCGGAGCUGGACCUCAGUGUCUGAGCUGAAUGAAGUGGCCCCAAUCCAGUAGAGGGAGAAAAGAUAGCCCUCCUACUUUCUUGGCCAGCCUCCCGUUCUUCUCCCUGCCAGAUCUACAUUCAGACGACGACUCUGACCAUCUCGAUGAGCCUGAGCGCAUAUGUGUCGCUGGGGAUGCUCUACGUGCCCAAGGUGUACGUCAUCAUCUUCCACCCAGAGCAGAACGUGCAGAAGCGGAAGCGCAGCUUCAAGGCAGCAGCCACGGCCGUCAACGCCUCCACAAGGCUCUCGCAGAAAGGGGCGCAGAACGGCGAGAGCAAAGACGAGAAGCCGGACAGUAAGUAGCCAGAAAGUAGGUAUCGCUGUCUUAUUUUCUUUUUCGAUGGCCCCUUCCUGACGUGCCUCAAUUGACCUCCGUCUGCCCUGUAAGUACCACCCCCUCCCUUCUGCCAACCCCAAGAUGUUCCCACUCUUCCCAGUACCACCACCGCUGUGCCUUUGGGCCUGACAGAAACGGGGGCUUUCUGCCCCCCGUUGUUUGGAGGAAAGGCCAACUUUGAUCUUUUUCUCUCUCUCAUUCCUCAUUGCAGUAACACACCAGAGCCAAAAUAGCCUCGACGUGAAAGGAAGUGUGCUCUUAAACUUCAGCCCCACUGGUUAAAAAAAUUCCAUCACUAAAAAUGGGCCUUACCAAUUAAUCAACUGACAUUUUCCUUGAUUAAUCUAUCAGUUUAAGUUUUCAGACCUAACAGGAAAUCCUGAAGAGCUGGGGAGAGUUUCAGGGCCUUCACCUAAUCGCCCUUUGUUUCUCCCUGUUGGAAAGGCCUGGUAAAAUAGUAGUUGAUAGGUAGUCAGGGCUACUUGCUAGUUGGGAAUUUGCAGCAGAAAUGGGGGGGCAAGGAAGGACGGGGGCGGGCUUUGAGAGCCCCAUGCUCUCUCUCAAGCAAGCUGGACCUCACUGUCUUCCUGAUGGUUUGUGGGAAUCUCAAACCUCCUCAAGAAGUUUACAGUAAGCCUGAUGAAGUCCAAACAUAAUGUGACUUCAACAUGCUUGAGUUAAUAGUGCUACCCUGGAGCUAUUGUCAUCAUUGCUUGCAAGCCUGGAAUAGACAUGCCACCUUGUCCUUUUCAAAGACCAGGGAAAACCAGGAAGUUGUGUUGCUUCAAAUUUUGUUGGACUGCAGUUCCCACUACCCCUGGCCUUUGGCUGUGCUGGCUGACGCUGACAGGAGUUGGAAUCCCUUUUAUUUAGAAUAAUUUAUGCACUGCUUAAUCAAAGGAACCCUAUGCAGUACACGUAAAAUGUAAAGCAAGUAUAACUUUAAACAAUUAUCAACAUACAAAUAAAAUCAGCAUAAAUUAAAGACAAGUACAGUGGUACCUUGGUUUACGAACUUAAUCCGUUCCGGAAGUCCAGUCUUAAACUGAAACUGUUCUUAAACCCGAGGUGUGCUUUGAGGCCUCCCGCCACCAGUGCUCUUCCACUGUUCAGAUUCCGUUGUUAGACUGAGGUAAAGUUCACAAACCGGGCCACUACUUCUGGUUUUGCAGAGUUUGUAAACCGAAUCGUUUGUAAACCGAAUUGUACGUAAACAGAACUGUUCUUAAACUGAUGUACUGAUGUACUACUGUACACACAACUUCUUUAUAUGCCUACUACAAUGGAAUUUAUUUAGAGCAGGCAUCUGAAACAGCAUGACAGGUGGAAACUAGUCAUCUUUAUUUGCUGCUCUGCCUACGUCUGCCUUUGGCUUAGCCCGCCUCUGACAUAUGGACCCCAGAAUGGAAAACUGGCCCUUGGGCUGGGAAAGUUGCCCACCCCCACUUUAACAGGAGACGGGCAGGGCUUGAGCCUGCCCACACAUACAUCCCAGCAUGCAUGCACCCCUCUGGGUCACCCAUUCAGACAAGCAAGAGGCAUGACCAGAGUUCAAGGGCAAAUUCCAGCCAGGCAAAAACUCCCAAGAAGAGUGUGAAGCAAGAAUAGUGCGUGUGUGGGCUAGGGCCAGGACCCCGGAGCCCAACAGAGAGCCUUUGAGGUCUGCAUUUGGCCCAUGGGCUCAAGGCUUCCCACCCUUUUGUUCGGAAGUUCAGGCACCAAAGAUGAACGGGACCUCACAGAGGCCUGGAAGCUUCCCCCAAGGGGUCCUGUGUGGCGUUCCUGAGCGCAAGCAAAGAAGACGGCAGAUUCGCUCCCAUCGCAUUCUCUGCAGCUGCAAGCAGGCCUGGAGCCCCUUUGCACACUGGCCUUCGAGGGGAAAGCUGGGCGGGGGUGGCUCUGGAAUAUUAAUAGCCACCCUCUGGGUGAGGAUGUCCCAGAGCAGAUGGCAAGCGCUCACAGCCAAGAGCGCACGCCUGACCAAGCAAUGCGCAGAAACAAGGCGAGACGCAGGAACCUUGCCUGUUCACGCUGCCUCUGCCCUCUCACUCUGCCCCAGGAGAUGCCACUUUGCCCACAUUCUCAAGAUCACAUCCUUUACUUAAAGCAACAACAAAUCAACAAAACAAUAGCUGAAUGAAGAUGAAAGAAAAGCCACUCCCAAUUUUGCCUCUGCUCAAGCCAGUGGGGAUUCAAAUCCCCAUUCCGUUCAUCUGCAUGCAUUGAAAGAGGGGCAGGAAUCCAACUUUCUGCCAUCCCAAUUUAAUAUUCAUUGCUCUAUAUAUACAUGGCCCAACUGUAAGAACAUGGGAUUCCCUUGCUGAUUUAGACCAAGGGAAAUUUAAUCCAGACUCUGCUUCCAAAUGCAGCCAGCCCCAAGUGCUUGGCUGCUCAUGAGCAGGGCAUGACAAACAGGACACACACACCCCGGUGUUAGUUCCCACUGCCUGCCAUUCAGGGGUAUACCUCAGUAUUGCCUUUGAACAUGGAGGUUCUGUUUAGUUGUGAUCUUGAGAAACGUGUGGCAAUGGCGUACCUAAUGGCUUUUUUGAAAAGCAAGCCGAGCUUUCGCCAAUUCCACUGCCCAAGAACCUCACCCCCUCUGCUGUGUUUUAGAUCAGGAGUGGGGAAGUUCUGCCCCCACACCAAGAUGUGGCUAAAUCACAUCCGCCCUAGCAAGCAUGGCCAAGUGCCAGGCAUUAUGGGAGUUGUAGUUCAGCAACAUCUGGUGAGCCAAAGGGUCCCUACAUUUGUUUUGAGUUAUCAUGGCAGCUUGAAAGUGUGGGAAUGUUCAAGGUGGCAGGAGAGGAUGUAUUGUUUAUUAAUAUCCUUCCUAACUUGCGCUAGCAAGUUCCUUUACGUAGCAGAGUUACAUUCCCCCUUUUAUAUGCACAGCAGAUAGCUGGCUGCAGACUCAUGUGAGCCUCUCACUAUUAUACAAUUCAAUCUGUCUCAGACUGAAUUGUACAUUCCUGGUAAGUUCCCUUGAAUCCCUCUUAAAAGAAUAAAGACGCGACAAUCUUAUUCAAAGUCAAUAAAAGAAGUUUACUCGCAUCAGUUGACAGUUGGAUUCCUGAAGGCAGACUUAGUUACAAAUACGUACAUGUGGAUCUAUCCCAUUUGGAGGAAUAAUCCCAGUGCUUCUGCUAACUGAGAGCUAGCAGAACAGUCCUAGCUAGAAGCUGGUCAAUUGAAGAAGGAAGUCAAAAAGAGGGAGGCGUGCUGUGUGACUCGUCCUUUUGUUACCUGUACAGGUUAGGUCACGCCCACCUUCUAUCACAUGCAAAAGGAAGGAUGCUCCAGCCAGGAGGAACAGGAAGUUUUGACUGGCUGGACCAAACAUCCCCUCGCAUGUCUUCUCUAGCAUUUCAAGGAAUGUUGUACUUGACUGCCUCUCAUGGAUCACAUCCCACAGAAAGCAUAUUGGUGGCAGAGUGUAUAUGUGCAAGGGCCCAUUAGUCUAGAGCAGGGGUCGGCAAGGCUUACUGGGCAUAGGCUGGAUCACUCCCGCGGAGAUUCUCCGUGGACCAGACCGGCGCAGUGUGACGCCGGAAAUCGCGUCUGCGCAUGUCCGCAGUGCAGGAAAUGGCUUCUGCACAUGCCCAGACACCGAAAACCGUGCCUGCGCAGAAGUGAUUUUCAGUGUCUGGGCAUGCGCAGAAGCAAUUUCUGGUGCUGCAGACAUGCGCAGAAGCGAUUUUUGGCGCCUGGGCAUGUGCAGAAGCAAUUUCCGGAGCCACGGAAGAGAGUCUCCGGUUUAGCGCAGCGCGUGGGGACUUGCUGAGCAGGCAGCUCGGUUUGGGGGCGGCUCGUGGGCCAGUUAAACGGCCUCCAUGGGCCGCUUCUGGCACAUGGGCCUUAGGUUGCCUACCCCUGGUCUAGAGCAGGCAUCCCCAAACUAAGGCCCGUGGGCAGGAUAAGGCCCGAGGGACUCAUUUAUCUGGCCCACAGCGACCCCCGCUGCCCGCAGCCCGCCGCCGCCUGCUCUUACCAGCAUGGUGCGGCUGCCCACUUCUGUGUCGGAGGAGCACCGGAAAUAGCUUGUGCACAUGUGCAAGCAUUAUUUCCGGUGCACAUCCGGGUCAGAGGAGGCCCAUGCGCACAAGCAUUUCCGGUGCUCCUCCAACCCGGAAGUGCGCUGGAAAUAGCGUAUGUGCACGCGCUCCCCCGCCCUCUGGCCUGCCACGCGAUCAGCGCUGGAGACACCACGCCUCGGGCCGGAGUCUCCAGCUCCGAGGUAAGUUUGCUGACCCCUGGUCUAGAGCCAGGGUUGACGUAGGUAGGAGAAACUAUUGGCCCUUCAGAUCUUGUUGGGACUCCACUUCCCAUCGGCCCCAGCAAGCACAGCCAAUGGUCAGGGAUGAUGACAGAGGCAGUCCAACACGAGGAAGACUGAAGUGUCUCCGUCUCUGAUAUAAACAGCUGGGCUGCAAGUCUGUUGAGGGCUUUUCAUGUUCGCCCAGGCAACUGUGUGGAAGCCCCCAGAUUACGAACCAGGUUCUUGGCUUAAAGUCCUUCCCCCAGAAACUGAACAGCCCCCCGCAGGCAGGUUUUCCGGUUUUCCCAUUCGGGGUCCCAGCGUGGCCCAUCCCCCCCCGUACCCACCCCUCUCUAACAACUCCCCAUUUUGUGUCCUUUGCAGGCCUCCCUAAGGUGAUGUACAUCAGCUACACAGAACUGACCAUGGGGCCCACAUGA